CAUUUACCAACACCCCUUUGUGCGUUGUCAAACGGGCAUUUUAUUCAAUGAAAUCAGAUCGAUUUGGUCAGGACUUAAAUAUCACUUAAUUUGACUUGUCUGAGACCUUUUUGUAAGCGACAUGAUGAAUGAAAACGUUAAAGAAACAUGGGUUAACUUUUAAGAUGUUUUUCAAGCGAUAGUUGUACCAUCGAGCGUUAUUGCCGCUGUGAGGAUUUUAUUAAGCAAUAAAUGUUUGAUAAUAGAUCGAUAAUAAUUAAUGAAAUUUAUGAAUAGAGAACGGACAAACAUGACAACGUUUUAUGAAGAUAUUUCUCAUUAUUUUUUUUAAGUUUGUUAGAAAAAACAACAGCGGAAAUCAUAAUUCAGAGCAGUUCAUAGUUAAUGUUUGCAAGGUGGAUUUGUAUGAAAUGUUUGGAUUAAAUAUCAAUUUUUUAGCUGCUGAAAUUUUCACAAUUUCGCUAUGGACUCUUUUCCAUUUCAUCGAGGGUGGCUGUAACUGGCCAAGCGCCUUCGCCAGCACGACAUGGGAGGACAACGAGAGAGGAACGUUGACGUUCUCCGCGACGGAAGUGACCGGUUUAAGCAUCGACGUCUCCGCUAGGGACUCCUCCACGGGAUUUAUUGACACGUGGGAAUGUGCCAGCAUGGCGGACUUUGGUUCGCGGGGUAUUCUCACCCUCAAGUCGACACAGGUUUUCACGUCAGUAGGAGCCACCUAUGUGGCCUACCUGUGCCUUGUCAUGACCCAGAUAACCGGGGCAGACUCCUACUACUACUAUCAAAAGCAUGCGAUGGAGGGCACGCUAAACGAGCGGGUGAAGAUCUUCACCGACGGCUCAUUAACGACGGCCGCCGAGAUUUGCGGCUCCGUCACAGUGCCCACUGAGGAUUUUCACUUUAUGGUCAAAACAGGGUCUGAGACGGCGUCCAAACAGUACUGUUCGCCUUCUCUAUUGGCGAAGUUUGAUUACGAGGUAACGGACGCCAGCGGGGCGGUUACGUGUGAUACGUCAACGGAUAACUGGAACGUAUGCACGGAUAGAACAGCAAUGACAUUCGAUUACUCGACAUGUCCUACAGAAAUGAUGUAUUCAGCUACUGGGACGGUGGUGUGUAUGGUCAAUCUGACGUCGACAUAUGAAUACGUCGUGGUUUACAAUACUGACGCGUCGGCUUCAUCAAAGUUCUCGUGUGUGGUGUCCGAUUCUGCUGGUACGGCGGCAACGUUCGUUUCCGGCCGGUGCGGACAGACGAGCCAGACGCCGACGGUGUUCGCUCAGGAUUCCAGCGGCACCAACAUAGGAUUCAAGGUCACCAUGACCCCUACAGAAACCUGUCCGUUUCUGCAACCGACAACGGCCACAACCACGACCACGUCCGCCACAACUGCGGGCACACAGCCAGAGCCUGAAGGUGGUAGUAUCAUUCCAAUCAUCAUUGGAGCUGUUGUCGGCCUGCUGCUUUUGCUUCUUGCUGUUGCCAUCGCUAUUUAUUGCUGGAAGCGGAAGAAGAACCGUGUCACGGAACACACAGAUGAAAAAACCGGCAUACCACCCGAUUCUUCAAAUAACGAAGCAGAUAACGUAAAUGUGGUUCGCAUGAAGGUGGAAGAAAUUGACAAUCCUGCGUUGACGGUCGGCCCGCUCGAGCGAAACACUCUGACGCCUUUACCCAGAAGCCGCCAUCCGGAUGUACAACCUGUUGUGCCACCAAUUCCUAACCACGUGUAAAAUUGAUUGUAGAUGAAAUGUGUACAACGGGAAUAUAACCUUAAUUUAAAGAAAUCAUUUUACUAUGUGUUGUGCAACUACCUUAUCUGUUUUAUAUAACAUCCAUCAGAGUGUUCACAUUCAUGACAUUCAUCUGAAAGUAAAGCAAAACCAAACAGUUUAAUAUAGCAUUCCAGUGAAGACUACAAGGACAGGUCCAGUAGCCCAAAAACUUAACUUCUUAUACGCUUUUGUUUACAGGCACAAUGAUCAAGGCUUACUUUUAUAUCUUUAUAUAUAUGUUCUGGACUCGAGAAAUGUUUUUGAAUUUCUUAUUUGUUUUAUCAAGGCAGAGUCCUUGGUUUUAAUAUAUUAUCACUUUUUGUACACAGCUACAAAAACCUUUUAAAAAUAAAACAUGAUAUAUUUUUAUGGUAGAGAUCGCGUGUUCGGCGUGCUGUGUUAGUUAAACAGUAUUUUUGUAUGGACAGAAGUAGACAGGAUAGUAUUAAUUAUCAUAUUAUUUAUACACUUUUCAUUGUUGAUGUAUAUACAUGUAUUAUUUAUGCUUUUUAAAGCCAAACUCUACUUUAACUUUCUGCGAUGUCAGUAUUUAAAUAUGUAUGUUUAGUCUUAAUUCAACGAGUGUUUGUUUUGUAUAUUGUGCACAUAGUAUUCAGAUUAUAUGUUCAAGUCAUUCGCAUUAUUCCCAUUAAGGAUUUUUCACAGUGCAAAAUUAGUUUGAAGGACGAAAACAUAUUUUUUUUUAAAUCCUGUUUUACUUACUUUUGAGAUUCACUAUUUAGCAAGCAUAAUCCAUACCUCCGUUGUAACAUAUAUAGGUGUAAUUAGGAGUUGAGCAGAUUUUACGAAAGAAGGUUUUGGAAGAUUUUCAAUCAUAAAACAGUUUGCAUUUUCUUUUGAAACGACAUUAUACAAAAUGAAGAUGUUUUGUGUCAAAAUAGUCAAACCUAUCCUAUUAACAAUGUAUUGUGGUGUUUGUGGUGAUUUAAGCUAUUUUUAAAAAAGAAGUUUUUAUUUUUGUAACCAGAAAAUUAAUCUAAUCGUCUUCUUUCAUUAUUUGAUUGAAUAGCUUUCUUAUUUGUAAAGAGAUCUUCAAAAAACAUUUUUCAUUGUUUAUUGGGUAGUCUUGGGCAUUUUGACACAGAAUCAUACUUUUAGUAGCGACAGUCAUUUUCGAAGAAAAAGCAAACGCUUUUUUAUCCAAAAUGUCGUAAAAUCUUCUUUCGUAGAAUUUGGUCAACUUGUUUUUUACAACUUAACAUGUCACAAAUGAUGAAAAGAUUAAACAUCAACUUUUGACACAUGUUUGACCUUACCCAACCACUUAUGCACUGUGGUAGACACUUGACAUCCUUAUAAGACUCAGAUUGGCGUUUCAGUAUAUGCACUUUUAUAAAUAUGUCACAUGCUCAGAAAAGUCAAUGUCCGGAACCCGGUACCCCCUGCUUGCAAGUCAGGCGCUCUUCCAAAUGAGGUACCGGCUCGUAUAUUUCAUACACUCACAGUCAUGUGCGAGUCAAAUACGUAACAUACACUCAUCUGUGCUGGAAAUUGUCCACGAAUUCCUUGAUUCACAAACCAGACCAUAUAUAACCACUGUGGGCUUCUCGACUCACACCAAUUCUCCGUUCCAUUCAUGCACGGGAUACUUUGGUGAUUUUUGUCAAAUAAUAAGUUAGGUUCAAUAAAACUAUAUUGUCUUCCUUUGUUUAUUGAAAUAACUGUUUAAUAACAAACAGGAAACGUAUCUUUAGCCUUGCAAUAACUAUAUGAAAAAAUAUAACAAAAUUGUUGCCUUUCUUAAAUGGCAAACUGGUGAGCCAUAUGGUUAACAUGAAUGCUAUUUGUGUGUGGUUAGGAGUAACACGACCUUUUUCUGUUUCGUUGAUGUUUUUUUUCUACCAUUGCGUUGUUAAUCAUUGUUUUGUCUCAACCUCAUAGUUUUAAUAAAAUAAGUUUAAAAGACA